AAUGCUGUAUGGCUUCAUUUAUUGGAAAUACUGAACGCAAGAGGACAUAUAUAAAUGAGAUGGAAACAGUAUAGCCAAUCUUCACAUCAAAUGAACUUUUCCGAUUUUGGCCGACGGUUACGUGAUUUCUGAUAAUCGUCAAUACAUCGUUUACUUGUAGUCAGUCGCCAAAAUUUCUAUAGGUGUUAACCAUGAAUACCAGUUGAAACUCAAUUUAAAAAAUGUCUUUAGAUUUUCUCAUGUUUACAACUAUGAUUUAGGUUUAAUGUUUGUGUUCUAAGAUGUUGUGUAUUCUAUUUUUACUCUAAGAAAGUGACUGUAAGAAUGUCGUAAAAAAACAAAACAAAACUUGUACUGCCAAAGUUUAUUGUUUCAAUGUUUGUUGCUUUGAUGGAGUGAUUAUAACCAUGACUUCAAACGAGGAAUUUUUACCGGAAGAAGUAACGAAGCAGGCUUUCCGUGAAAAAGUUUGGAAUUAUUUAGAGAAGAAUGAUUUAGCAGCAUUUCCAAGACCAGUACACAACCGCAUACCCAACUUCAAGGGCUCGGAAGAGGCUGCUCAUAAACUAAAAGAAAUUGACACCUUUUUAGCAUCCCAUGUUGUUAAAGUGAAUCCUGACAAGCCCCAGGAAACUGCUCGCUUACUGGCUUUGGAAUGCUGGAUAACAAUUUGUCAGCAGGAGAAACACCUUUUCACUAAAGAGUACAUAACAUUGCUUCAGGCAGGAAAAACUGUGUUAGUGCCAAUACCACGUUUACGCAAUGGAUUAUUAAAACAAAUACAGUUGCCAGUGGGAGCAUCAAAUAAAGAUUGUAGAGUUGGAGCAUCUCGAAAAGGACUUGAGCUGUAUGGAAAACCCAUUGGAUUGGAUGCCAAGAUCAAAGUUGAUUUAGUUAUUAUUGGCUCUGUUGCAGUUUCAAAAGAAGGACACAGAAUAGGAAAAGGUGAAGGAUAUGCAGACCUUGAAUUUGCCAUGAUGGUUGGAAUGCAUGCUGUAGAUGAUGACACUGUAAUAAUAACAACUGUUCAUGACUGCCAGGUAUUUGAUUCUCUCCCUCAUCAGUUGUUUAAGAGUCAUGAUGUUCCUGUUGACAUCAUCAUAACACCAACACAGAUAAUAAAUGUCACACCUCGACUUCCAAGGCCUCCUGGAAUAAUAUGGAGUUUAUUAACAGAACAGAGACUCAGAGAGAUACCUAUAUUGCAGGUCCUACGUGAACAACUAAUGAACGAAGGUAAAGACUGUACCCUGAAGGAAGUUGGCCCUGAUGAUGAUGAACAUCUUUCUCAAAGACCACCAGUGAGGCCAAACAGAAAUAGAGAACGCAGGAACAGGAACAAGCAACGGAGUCGUGGAGAUAGUGACUCUCAGGCUCCAGUUGAAGAAUCAGCUGCUGAUGGCAGUGAUAACAUUAAAGUCAAUGGAGAGCAUACGAGUAAAAGUAUUCCUGGUGAUUUUACAGCUGGACAGCGUUCGCGAAUGUUUCAUCGGCGGAGGCGUCGUAACUCCAGACGGGAUUCAGCUAAUGGUCCUGUCGGCCCCAGUCCUGAACCAGGAGUGGAAACUAACAAUGCAGCCACUCUCGAUUGUACAAAAGGUGAAGCAGAAAAUCAUAUAAAAGAGCGACCAAGACGCAGACGUACUCGCAAACGACCAGUUGAGAUACCAGCAAGCCAGAGUCCUGAAAAUGUUGAUGAAAGGGAAGUACAGGAUCCAGAAAGAAGCAAAGACCAAUACAGAAUACGUAGAGCACAUCGAAGAAAUGCAUUUAACUUCAGUCUACGUGUGGAUAAUAUUGGAACAGAUGUACGAGUCCGAGAAUUAAAAGCAGCACUUGCUGAAAGGGGUGUUCGGCCCAAAGACAUCACCUGGAAAGGGUCAAAAGGGUUCGCUAUGUUGCAUUUUCGUAAUCCUGAUGAACAUGAAAAUAUUAUUGCAUCCCUGCAAGACAUAAAACUGAGAGAGGAAGGUGAAACAUUGUUGGUGCAGUUGGCACAACCAACGCGAAUAGAGGUGACUGAUAUUUCUUCUUUGUAACAAAUACAAAUGAUAGAGCAGCUUUCUCUGUGAUCUUUCUGUGCUGUUGAGGGGGUGAAACUGAUGAUUAUUCUAAAGAAAGUGAAGUAUUUUUGAUGUGAUAAAAGAGUGAGAAAUAUUAUAUUUAUAUAUUUUUGACAGUAAUUUAAUAGUUUAACAUGAGUGCUUGAGAAAGUGAUUGUUCUAAUGUAAUCAACAUAUGCAUUGUAAUUUUCAUUUUAUAAUAUUGAAAUAUCUAAUAGCAGCUCUAUUUUUAUUUUUGUUGUUAUUGUAUGUGUGUGUUAUAUUUAAUUUAUCUUGAAACUUAUUGUUAAUGUCUCUUUGUUAAUAUACUAGUGUAUAUAGGUAUAUACAUUGUAACAUAUUAUGCACUGCUGUAUUUGUGUAUGUAACUAUGCACUCUGUUUUCAUGUAAUUUGUAUGUGUUUAUACAAAUAAAUUUGAGGCUAAUAAUAUUGA